AUGAAUGACACCAAAUAUUUUGUACGUUUACGCAUCGGACAUAAAUCGGAAAUGCUCGAUCGCCCAACACCGAACGGUUUGACCCAUCGAUGGACCGUUUUCGUGCAUUCUUUUAGCUCUAUUCCUUUCACGGAUCGAAGUUUCAUUUCCAAGGUUGUAUUUGAGUUACAUCCGGAUUUCCCGAAUCCAAGACGCGUAAUCAAGGAACCACCAUUCGAGGUUACCGAAAUGGGUUAUGCUGGUUUUUCCAUUCCGAUACAUAUCACAUUUACUGGCGCAAGCAAAAAUUAUAAGUUAACGUACGAUAUGAAUCUUGUUUUGGGUGAGUUUCUUUUUUCCUUCUUGCUCACUUUUAUUUAUGCAGUGGAUUCAUUAGCGUUGCCGGCUUCUUCGAAUUAG